GACGGGCGGGGGUGGGUGGAUCCUAAGAAACACGACCCGGCCGCCCUUGGCAGCGGCUAAGGCGGAGCGCGCAGCUCGAGGGCUAGCCCCGAGGACGGCACCAGAGGAGGAUGGGGGCCGCAGCGCGGCCUUCCCAAGGGGCCACCGUGGAGGCCAAGGCGGUGCAGAGACUCAGCGUGUGAUUCGCAGCGUAUCUGAAAGGAUGGACGAGGGGACGGGAAGCCGCUAACGGAGCUCCUUCUCCAGGCCCGGUCCUCAGAGGUGCACGUCGCAAGACCCCAGCGGGCUCCGUCGACAGCACUGCAGCGCGGAGCUAGUCUUGAAGCAUGAGGCGGGUGCCAGCGGCCCGACCCGGGGCCGCAGUCGGGGUUGGCCUUGUUCGGCCGCGCUGAGGGUCUGAGACCGAGAGGGGCACAGGCGGCCAGAUUCCGGAGCGCACCGCCAUGGCGACGGAGGAGUGCAAGGCGCUGCUGGACGCUCUCAACAAGGCGACCGCAUGCUUCCACCACCUGGUGCUGACCGUCGGCGGCUCGGCAGACUCGCAGAACCUGCGUGAGGAGCUGCAGAAGACGCGCCAGAAGGCGCAGGAGCUGGCGGUGGCUACCGGUGCCCCGCUGACGACCGCGCUGCGAGACAAGGGCCUGGGCGCCGAGGAGCGCGCAGAGUUCGAGCGCCUCUGGGUAGCGUUUUCCGGUUGCCUGGACCUGCUGGAAGCCGACAUGCGGCGCGCGCUGGCGCUGGGCACCGCGUUCCCGCUGCACGCGCCGCGACGGCCGCUCGUGCGCACGGGUGUGGCGGGCGGUGCGGCAGCCGUAGCGGCGCGCGCCCUGAGCGUCCGCACCCUGCGGCACGAGGCGGAGCGCGACUUCGACGUGGACGACCUGCGCGAGCUGGAGCGGGAGAUCCUUCAGGUGGGCAAGAUGAUUCACGACAUGGAGAUGAAGGUGAACGUGCCGCGCUGGACGGUGCAAGCCCGGCAGGCGGCGGGCGCGGAGCUCCUGUACAGUGCUGGUGCCUCUUCGGCGGGCUUUGUGUCCGUAGAAGAGCGCACAGGGCCCUGCGAUCCGAGCAAAGCUCUGGCUGCCACCGUUUUCAGCGCUGUGUUGCUGGUAGCCGUGGCCCUGGCGGUGUGCGUGGCAAAGCUGAGCUGACGGACACCGGACCGCCUGCCGCCGCCACGGCUCUUCUCUCAGAGACACCCCUCUUCUGCAAUGACCCUAUCACCAGGACUCGGGAUGGGAGUGGAAUCUGGCAUGUUUAAGGGAAGCGGUUCUAAAACCCCGUGUGUGUAGGCGUACACGCAUGUUUCAAGCACACAUCUACCAGCAGAAUGUGGUGCCUCUUGCUGGCCGGGGAGGAGUUAAUUUUGUGCGGGCCAGCAGGGCAUUACCGGUAAUGUAUGCAGGAGCUUUAUCUGCUAUUAAUAGAAAACCGUCCACAGUGACCCCAGAUUCCUCUGAGUUAAUGGGUUACCGCGUGUGCUGCUGGGGCGUGUUUACACUGAGUCCGAGCUUGGUGCAACCACCUCUACUGGCAACUCCCACUCUCUACGUGGGACAGUUUGAAAAGGGGGGUGAUGAAGUGUGGAGAGGGGGACUGUUUCUUCCUGGACAAGAGGCAAAUUGUAACAGGAUAUAAGCAGUUUUUUCCCCCCCUAAUAUUAUUAUUACCUUAAUCCUUUAGGGCCUAAAUUUAGGAGAGUACAAAUAGAAGUUCAUGCAAAGUGAUUACUCUAUGGCACACGAUUGCACUUCUUGGCAGUUUAUCCAUUAGUCACCAAAAGCAGCUAGAAGAGGUUUGGGGUCGUGCCCUCCCUCCAGGGUCUGACUCUGAUUAGGAAACCAGAGAAGGGCAUAGAACCUUCCCUCAGGGGGUUGGAGCCACUGCGCACAGUGCCUAUUUAAAAGGAUCCCCCCUCCCCCUAGGGGUGCAAACGGAAGGGCCCCAUGCUAUAUAAAUAGGGACUUUCUCCUUCGCUUUGGUUUGUUUUUGUUCCAGAACUAGACCAGGGUUUUUGAUCCUCCUUUGGGGGAGGGC